AACCCUGGACAGAGCCCAGCAUGUCUCAGGCCACCAAGAGAAAGCAUGUGGUGCAGGAGGUAUUGGGAGAGCACAUGGUGCCCUCCGAUCAACAGCAGAUAGUGAAGGUCCUCAGGACACCCGGGAACAAUCUGCUGAUAGAGACAGCACAAGGGCAAUGCUUCCUAGUGAGCAUGCCCUCCAAAUACCGCAAGAACAUAUGGAUCAAAAGAGGGGCCUUCCUCAUUGUUGACCCUAUUGAAGAGGGAGAAAAAGUGAAGGCUGAGAUUUCUUUUGUGCUCUGCAAGAACCAUGUCCGUUCUCUGCAGAAGGAGGGGCACUGGCCUGAGUCCUUCUCUGAGGUAGCUGAGAAACAAAACAAUAUGAACAGACAGAGUCAGCCAGAACUCCCCUCUGAACCACAGCUGUCAGGAGAUGAGUCAGGUUCUGAAGAUGACUCUGACCUCUUUGUCAACACCAAUCACAGACAAUAUCAUGAGAGUGAGGAGGAGAGUGAAGAGGAGGAAGAGAAGGAGGAGGAGGAGGCAGCCUGAGCCCGAUGGAGCCACUUCUCUACUUGCUCAGGGACUGCCACUUGGCUUUUCUGGGCUUGGACAUUCCCAAGGUGCC